UGAAAGACCAAACAAUUCAAAAGUUUAAUAUAAUGAUUAAUAUUACAAGAGCAUCGUUGAGAUUAUCGAGAGAAGACUUUUGAGUUUUGAGAGAGAAAGAAACGUGAAAGGAGCAUAGCUUUGCGAUUUCAGAUCCAACCUCUUAUUCUUCCAAAUCUCGUAGUAUACGACCAUGGAUUCUAAGGGAGUGGUGUCACUACCGUUGAUCCAUAACCAUCAAAUGAUGCCUUGGAAUGACCUGAGGAAAGGUGAUUGUUGUGGUCACUUUGAAGCUAUCAGCGAUGGCUACUAUUGCAAAAGAUGUGAUUUUUUCGUCCACAAGACAUGUGGUGACGGUGUCUCCGAAUAUAUCGAGCAUCCAUCUCACCCCAAUCACACUCUUGAGCUUUGUAGUAACUUACGUUUUCACUGUGAUUUAUGUGGAAGGCGCACCAAUUACCUAUCCUAUUAUUGUGAGAUCUGUGGCUUUAUCGUGGAUCUACACUGUGCCAUGUACCCACCGCCAGAGUUUAUUGAAAAUUCCGAGAGGCAUCACCACAAGCUCACCCUUCUCAAGGAGCGGAUCGCGGCGUUCGAUUGUGAUGCUAAAUGUGGAAAGAUUAGUGGUAAUGAAUUUGCUUACAAAUGUCAAGAGUGUGAUUUAACCUUCCAUGUGGAUUGCGUAUGGCAUCCGUCAGAGGUAUAUCACCCUUUAGAGGUAAACCACUCUUACCACCCCUCGCACCCUCUUAAGCUCCACACAGGUCAACGACCGGACUAUUCUGAUGGAGCAUGUCGUCUUUGCGCAAGAAAGAUUGAUGAUAGAUAUUUUUAUCAUUGUUCUUCUUGCAACUUCACCUUGGAUAUGCGUUGUGUUCUACAUCCACCACAACAAUCUCUUCUGAAUUUGAAAGCUCAUGAUCACCAACUCACCCUUCUCCCAAGACUUGAUUCUUUUACAUGUAAUGCUUGCGGGCUGAAGGGAGAUCGAAGCCCUUACGUGUGUUUUCAAUGUGGUUUCAUGAUCCAUCAAGACUGUCUUUCCCUUCCACGCCUCAUAAACAUUAAUCGGCAUGAUCACCGUGUUUCGCGAACUUCUGUUCUUGGUGUUGUGAAUUCUGUGUGUGAAGUUUGUCACCGGAAGGUGGAUUGGACUUGUGGAGGUUUUUCUUGUCAGAGGUGCUCCGGCUACGUCGUUCAUUCAAAAUGUGCUACCAACAAAGAUGUGUGGAACGGGAAAGAACUCGAAGGAGUACCUGAAGAAACAGAAGAUAUCAAACCAUUUGUGGUAAUAGACAACAACACAAUACAACAUUUCAGCCACAAAAAACAUUACCUAAGACUCCACGUUAAUGGUGUUCUUUGUGACGACAAGAAGCGGUGCAGAGCAUGCACUCAUCCCAUAUGUCUCCAAUCUUUCUACGGCUGUAUGGAUUGUGACUUCAUUCUCCACCAAAACUGCGCUGGAUUUCCUAGAAAGAGAUGGCAUGUGCUACACAAUGAACGUCUUACUCUAGUUUCAUACGAGUAUGAUUUCUUUCAGUGUCAAGCUUGUAAUAGAUUUUCCAAUGGUUUCAGUUACCAGUAUUCGGGCAUUACAUUCGAUGUUGGGUGCGGUUCAAUCUCUGAGCCGUUUGUCCAUCCAAGUCAUCCCGAUCAUCCCUUAUAUUACACUUUACUAGAUGAAGAGACUAAGAGUAGUUGCAAUGGCUGCAAUAAGAGUUCUUAUUCUGUGCUAAGGUGCAUUGAAGACGAUUGCAGAUUUGCCAUAUGCUUCAAAUGCGCCACUUUUCCACAAGUGGUAAAGCAUAGAGUUGACGAUCAUCCUCUCUCACUAUGCUUUGACAAAGAGGCUAGUGGUAAAUACUGGUGUGACAUUUGUGAAAAAGAAACCAAUCCAGAGACAUGGUUCUACACAUGUAAAGAUUACCGGGCUAGUUUGCAUAUAAAGUGUGUGCUCGGAGACUUUUCAUGGCUCAUGCCAGGAAGCACGAUAGAUCUUAGCGAAUUAUCUAAGGUGGUACUCAAUAAUAGUAUAUCGCGUCCAUUUUGCAGCGGGUGUAAGAUGCAUUGCAUUUUUCCUAUCAUCUUGAAGAUAGUUGGAACCUCAGAUAAGUACUUUUGCUCUAUUGAAUGCGCCUUUGGAUAGAUGUCAAGCGAGUGGGGUGAAGGUAUACCCUUAAAGCCCAAAAUGUCUAGGGAGUGGGGGUUUCUUUUAGAUAUCUUGUACCAUUUCUUCUACAAGUUCAUUUCCAUUAUAAGUUGAUUUCGUUGAUGUAUUAUUUAUAUAAGAAUCUUGCAAUUUUAAUUUGAUAUGAUCCAGC